ACGGUGUCUAAUUGUAAAGUGUAUGAUCUUAAAAUCGAUAAGUUGUAAAAAAAUAAGUUAUUAGACACAUUUGUGUAGUUUUUUGUUAAUAUUCCAGUUAAAACGUUGAGAAACAUGUUAGGUUAUCGCUUCAGAAGAAAAGUACUAAAAAUAGUGUUCUUUAUUCAUAUUUAUGUGUUUCUAUUCAUAUUCUAUCUGAUGUACAGUAUGGAUAUCAUGGAUAAUUCUGCAAGCAAACAAAAAUCGGUUAAACCACCUAUAGAAGGAUAUGAAAUAAGUAAAACAUUGUACAAUAAAAACGACAUGAAUAGAACAUUCAAUCAUAUCAAAUAUAUGAAUAAAACAUUUAAACAUCAAAACAUAAAUAAAAUGUUUUACUAUCAAAGUGUUAGAAAUAAAUCGAAAGUGUACAUUCCAAAACAAAAGAUGUUUACACAAGGUGUAAAUCAUAUGAAAUAUCGUGUUCAAAUAGAUCCAAAUUUAGUUAAGCUAAUCAAUUGGACUAACCCAAAGUAUCCAAUGGACGUGAAAUAUGUUAUAGAAAAUAAAUAUCUCUGCGCGUCAGUAAGGAAUUUGGCGGUUUUAGUUGUGGUGAAUUCGGCAACAGAUCAUUUUGACCGCAGACAAGCUAUCAGACUAACAUGGACUAAUGACAAAUAUUAUUCACAUCUUGGUACCGUUAGAGUUGUAUUCCUUCUAGGUAAAAGCGCAAGCCUUGCUGUACAAAUGGGCAUAGAAAAGGAAGCUGAAAUUUCCAGAGAUAUACUGCAGGGAAAUUUUAUGGACACUUAUUGUAAUCUAACACAUAAAGGUAUCAUGGGGUUAAAAUGGAUCACAGAACGUUGUCGAAAUGCUCAAGUUAUUUUGAAAGUUGACGAUGAUUUUAUGGUGAAUAUGUUCUUAUAUCUCCGUAAAUUAAAAAUGCUUCAUGAUAGGCAAGUUUAUUGUGAUUAUAACUCUGAUAAGAUACCCCGAGAAGAAAACAAUAAGUGGCAUGUCAGUGAAGAUCAUUUCAAAGGCCAAACGCAUUACAAACCAUUCUGCAAAGGAAAAUUUGUUAGUAUGGCGAAUAGUAUUAUUCCAUAUUUAUAUGAAUCGGCGACUAAAACUCCAUUUUUCCCAUAUGAUGAUGUGCUAUUAUUUGGCUAUGUGAUACAUAAUGUUAAAACGAUAAGAGUUAAAUCUCUAAAAAUGGCAGACAUGACCACAAGAAAUUAUAUCGCAAGGAAGUGUUUAGAUGUACGUAAAUACAAGUGUACGAGAUUUGUAAUUGGUGCAGAUAAUGAAAGAGAAAUGCGAUAUACUUGGUACAAAAUUUUAAACAUUUUUGGAAAUGUAAAGUUUAGUCAAAAUUCAUCUGAUGUUUAUAAACGGCCAUCAUUCUUAAAAAACUUACAACAAAUACAUCAUCCAGAUGUAUUUAUUUGAAACUAAUUUUCACUUGCAGUGUUAUAAUUGACCUUGACAUCUGUAUUAUCUCGAAUUUGCAUUUAGUUUUGUUAUUUAUCGAAUUCAUAUUUGUAGUAAUGAUAUUCUACCAUUUAAACACGAGACAAUACAAGCUUUCAGGCAACAGCUAGAAAAAAUGUUAAAAUAGCCGAAGUGAACAUUAUUUUUUAUAGAUUUUGGUAGAUUUUUUCCCUAUGUGUUUGUAUAUAAAACUACAUUGUAUCCCUAUUAUAAGAUUUUAAAGAUUUUGCUUUCUCAUCUUUUUAUCAAUUUUGUAUUACCAUUAUAUAUUAUAUAUUUAUCGUGACUUAGUUCUUAAACAUGCUGAUGACAAUACGGGGUAUUCAUAUAUACUAGGUGUCAUUAUUCUACUGCAACGAAUGUCCGACCCAAUUUAAUUUGAAAUUGAUACAACCAGACUGUAAAAGUCUAAAUUUCUAUUGUAUUUUUUUAAAGAAUGCAUAAAACACGCAGAACACUUACUUAAUAAGUAUUGUAAAAAAAUGUUCUGUUUGGCUGACAUGGUUUAUUUUCAAACCAUUAAAACGACUCGACAACCAAAUUAAACGGUUCUAAAUAUUUUUACCGUUUGUCUUUAUACACGUAUUUUAUAUGACUACUGGGUGCGCCGAUACUUAACAUGUUCAUGUUAAUGUGAAAAGCAUCAAGCAAAAGGAGGAUAUAUAAUCAUCAACAUUAAAAAGAGGAAACAAGAUGUAUCUUUAGAAAAAAAGAUACUUGUCCGAAGUAAAACUGGUCAACUUCGAAUGUUAGUUCUUAGUUUUCCAUGUAAAGUCAUAUAGAAAUGUUGGGAUAGCUUGCAUAAGAAAUGACAUAAUAACUUCUUAUAGGGUUUAUCUUAACUUUAAGAUGUAUGUGUUUCUAAUUUCGGUAAGUGAACUCAAUUUCUAACACCAACAUUAACGCAGUCGAUAGGCAAUUAUUUUCAUAAAUACAUGAUUAAUAUGCGAUAAUAUAAGAAAAUUAUAAAUUGAACACAUCAAUUGAACAGAUCAAUAAUCAUAUAAUAUAUUAGACUCUUAUUUAACAUAAUAAACUUAGGGUACCUAAUAAGUUCUGAUAUUAUUCUGCUAUUGAAAGUCAAUGGUUGCUAUUGAAAUUACUGGCUGUAAAGGCUGUAAAGGAAAGUCUGUAGUUUCUAUGGAAAUCACUGGUUGUUAAGGCAAUGUAAUGUUUGCUGUUGAAAUCAUUUGUGGCUUAUUUAAAUGGAGUACAAAGGCUAUAAUUUGAACAAACUUUGUAGCAGUCCACUAUACAUUUUCAGCACCAAAUAUCCAAGUUCUAGCCUUUGCGGUGACCAUCAGGGUGGCCCCAUUUUCGAUAUUAUGGCCAUAAUUUCAACAAACUUGACUUUGACGUCUUAUCUGUGAUAUAUACAUGAUACUGUUCAACAAUAAAUUCUGAUUAUGAUAUGCAGGUUUCAUAACCUGACUGUGAUCCCCUUUCAAAAUUCCAUUUUGUUUAGUUCCGCUCAUUGUUUUAUCGUUAAGGGCACCAGCUUUCUUUACUUAGGUACCAUACGCCCCUUUUCAUGGAAUGGCACGAAAUUGUCACAGAUAAUCGCCCUAUGAACACAUCUGCGGAUGUUUCUGUCGCGGGUCAGCUCAGUCAGGUAGGCAGUAUCAAUUGGAAAUUUGGGGUUGAAGUGAAAUGAACGCAACAAAAGAUACGAUCCUGUAAUUAUAUAUAAUGCAAUUUAUGGUACAUAUACAAAAGUCAUUAUUUAAUUAAAUACACAAUAUUACAAUUACUGACAUACAUGAUUCAUUAGAGUAUAUAUUAAUAAAUACAAAAUACUUUUAUACCUGUAAUUAUAUAAAUGAAUAAAUACAGAAAUGGAUAUAUAUUUAUAGCACAAAAUGGCUUUGUUAUUGUUUUGAAUAAUGGCGGAGAAAGGCGUAAGAAGUUAUGAUUGGUUAUUGACCCGUGCAAAAG